AUGGAACUAUUUGCGCAGCUGUUUGAACACUGGCCUGAACUUCGAGUCGUAGUUUGUAAACUAUGUGCCACCGCUAUUCCACCAGCGCAGAUCGUUACGCACCUCAAAGAGCGCCAUCCCAAGGUCACAGUCGCUACGCGCAAGAGCCUGGCGGCAGCUGUACGCGCGCUACCAAACCUUGCGUGGAGUCCAGGAGACGUGCGUGUACCAAGGCCGGCUAAGGAGCCCGUCUUUGGUCUGAAAAGCCGAGAAGACGGGCUGGUAUGCUUGUCGGAGCGUUGUUGGUAUACCUGCAUCUCGCUGCAGGGCAUGCAGAAACAUUGCAAGGAUGAGCAUGGCUGGGUGAACGAACAAAAGCGAGGGGGAGAUAUGAGGCAAAAGAGCAAGCACUCGCGCAACCAAGUAUGGCGAGACAGCCAAUCCUGCCAGCGCUUGUUCAGAGCUGUUGGCUGGCCGGCGUAUGUUGCAGUCGAGACGAGCGUUGGAGCUGCGACUCUAGCAGACAUCUCCCAGAGAGUGAAGGCAGAUCGCCAGCAUCAGCGAGAAGAGCGUGAGGCAGCAGCAGCGCAGGAUAAGAUUAAAGAGGGCAUCCGUUCGCAGGCUGAUCCGUGGCUAGAGCUCACAGAAUGGGUCCCGCACCUACAAGGUAUCCCAAGGGCGGCACUUCUGCGCGCUAAACAGCUAGCUGGUGGGGAGGUAGACGCGCGUGGGAAGGAAGAAGUGGCGUUUGACGACACGGGCUUACGCGAUGUUUGCAAAGCUAUAGAGCGGCUGAUACGAAAAGCGUUCGAUAGCAGCCGAGCUGAGGUUGUCGGCAGACUCGCACUGGAGAUUAUUGAGCGACUCGGUACGAUCAAGAAGUACAGCCAGAAGCUGGUGAGCAUCCUCUGCUACCUGUGGCGCACAUAUGACCAGGUCGAGCGGCCGCUAUACAAACUUACCAGCACGCAAGACGCCCUCUUGGUGUCACUCCAGCAAAUAGCCCGCUCAGACGACGCUGCGAAGAAAGAGAAACUGGAAGAGCGAUGCCUGCGCUUUUGGAUCGCCUUGCUCAACCACAGCCUGACUGGCGACGAGCACGAGAGCGCACUGCUGAGCGGAGUGGCUGUCCUCGGCCUCAAGCCUGAUCACCAUGGCGGUGGGUGGGUUCCGGCGCACGAGUUCUCGCCAACGCUGUCUGCUUUGAUCACUACCUCGAAAGCGCUCGUAGUGCAUUAUGCCCGCUGCCAGCGAGAUAAAGCGCUUCAGAAAGACCCUUGUACAGCACCUACUGCGUAUAAGCUAGUUAAAGACAUGUCUGAACGGUUUAUGACGCUGUCCGACUUCAAAGGCACACCCAGUCCUAUGAAUCGAAUGCUCCGCUUGCGUACGCUAGCUAGAACACAGGCAAAGCGACGUAAUACUCCCGGUAUCGUGUCGUGGGAUGGAGAUCGGCUUCUCAUUGACAAGCAGAGCUUUUCGCUAGCCGAUCUCCGGUCGAUGGUGAAGGGACUCUGCGAGACGGUGCGGUUGCAGCUAUUCAAGGACGUCCUACUCUUGGAUCUAGACGAAAGGGGUUGCGUGCGACCUAGGACCACCCCGCUUCCAGAGGUGUCUGUGGACAAACUCGUCGAUCAGCCAGCCGAGCUGGCUACGGGCUGGAGCUUUCUGAAGCACCCUGACAACCAGCUAGAUAGAUGGCAAGACUGGCUUCUAGACCGGGUGUUGGACGAGGCUCCGCUAAGGGAGAGAUUCAUUCGUGGGAUAGAUAGCACACAACGGCUGGAACGGACGCUAUGGCGCGAUGACGCUGUAGCUAGGUACAUGAAAGGAGUGCGUUGGUUUAAAGAAGGCCUCUUCACGCUUGUUCACAUGUCUGGCGGCGGGCCUGGUUGCGGGACAGAGAUUACCUCGAUACAGUGCGAGAACAGUGCAGACGGGGUGGGGUAUCGGGGGGUGUUUGUAGAGGGUGGCCUGGUAUCCUUCACUACUACGUACCACAAGGGGUAUAGCUUUAGCAAGCGUGUCAAGACGAUCCACCGCUAUGUUCCCCGGGAGGUGGGUGAGCUGGUGGUGUACUUCCUUGGGCUCGGUCGACCGUUCAUAGAUGAUCUCCAGAUGCUGCACAAUGGCGUUGCCCGCCCUACCGCUUUCAUCUGGGAGCCAGAGCCGGAGGAGCAGUGGGGCGACGAGAGCGAUAGCGAAGAGAGCGACGACGGAGACGAGUACGGCGAAGCCGACCGUGAGAAGGCACGAUCCGCUAACCUAGACGGGUACUAG